AUGUCCCGGUUCAGAGUCUCUCUUGCAACCAUUCUCCUAAGCCUCCUUGGUGGCGCGGUUGCCCAAGAUGUCAAUGCCACUAGGUGUCAAGCCGACCUCACGCCCGCCGGAGCACCCCCAAAUAACACCAAGGUCCUCAUCCUUGGUGGUGGUAUGGCCGGCGUCAUAGCAGCCCGUACACUUCAUGAGCAGGGUAUCGACGACUUCGUGAUUGUGGAAGCCAAACACGUGUUUGGGGGGCGUAUGGCGAAGAAGACAUUCGGUGUCAACGGAUCCGAAUACGUCAUUGAGAAGGGAGCAAACUGGAUCCAUGGAACCCAAACAGGUAGUGGACCCGCUAAUCCCGUCUGGCUGCUGGCGCAGAAACACAACUUGUCGAUGGUAGAGAGUAAUUUGUUUACGGACAUAACGUUCUUCGAUUACAACGGGCCUAACAACUACUCCGAAACGUUCGAGGCGUCAUUGGCCGCCUUCGACAGCGCCAGGGCCCUUGCGGGGCAACGGUGGCAGGAGAACAAAACUGAUCUGGAUCUCAGAUCAGCCUAUAAUUAUUUGGGCAUCGCUCCAAAGACGCCGCAAGAGGAGGCUUGCGAGUACUAUCAGAUCGAUUAUGAUGCCUCGCAAACGUCAACACUGGCCGCUGCUUGGAAUUACAACUACACCUUUGAUCCCGAAGCUGGAGGCUAUUCGGAUGUGGACAUGCUGUCCGUGGACCCGCGUGGCAUUGCAUGUAUUGUCCAAGCGGAAGCUGCUACCUUCCUCAAUACGAGUCAGGUCCUCUUCAGCCAGAUUGUCAAGACCAUUCAAUACAAUCAGAAUGGAGUGACCGUACAGACAACAGAUGGAUACACCCUCACUGCAGAUCAUGCACUGGUUACGUUUAGCGCCGGCGUGUUGCAAAACACUGACGUCGUCUUCGACCCCGCGCUCCCGGACUGGAAACGAGAGGCUAUUAGUAGCAUAGAAAUGCCGGUGUACACCAAGAUCUUCUUGCAAUUCAAGGAAAAAUUCUGGUUCGACACUGGGAUAGGACUCUAUGCCGAUCAGCAAAAAGGCAGGUAUCCGGUGUGGGAGAGUUUAGAUCAUCCGGACCUUUACCCCGGCUCCGGGAUCAUCUUCGUUACUGUGACGGGUGAUUAUGCGAAUUAUCUCGAGCAACUCAACAAAAACAUUACGCAAGUGCAGUUAGAGGUAAUGGAGGUUCUUCGGAGGAUGUACCCUAAUGCCCCCGAUCCAAUCGAUAUCUGGUUGCCUAUCUGGGGCAGAGCUCCCCUGUUCCGCGGCUCGUACUCUAACUGGGGAGCGUCCUUCGUACCUCAACACUCGUACAAUUUGAGUGCUCCGGUAAACGGUCACCUUUGGUUUGCAGGUGAAGCUACCAGCCUUAAGUACUUCGGUUUCUUGCAUGGCGCAUACUUGGAGGGCCAGAACGCGGCGACCAACAUCGCUGCAUGUAUUAACAACCCGCAGCGUUGCCCGUCUAGUACAUGAUGCCACAGUUCGGAAUGUCCGGUCCUACCCAGGUAGCUUGCAAUGGGCAUCUUCGAGAUUCUUUCAGCUGCAUAGUAGGCGUGGAAAUGUUUCUCUGCAUUCGCUCACGCACCUCCUGUAACAUUGUAACGUUGCGCUACGAUGACAAUGACCCAAUGCUUUUUUCUGUACAACACUACUCUGUACAAUCGAACUUUUUUGAU